AUGAGUCCGAACACAUCUUCUGUGACAGAAUUCCUUCUCAUGGGAUUUUCUGAUGAACAUAGCAUGCAAGUUUUGCAUUUUGUGAUGUUUCUUUUUAUUUACUUAAUAGCCAUAAUGGGAAAUCUGAUCAUCAUCAUAGCCGUGGCUCUCAACAACAAUCUUCAUACUCCAAUGUAUUUCUUCUUGGUCAACUUGUCACUCUCAGACAUCUGCUUCAUCUCAACCACUGUCCCAAAAUCCAUAGCUAUUUCUGGGACAAACAAUGGGCUGAUUUCUUUUGCUGGUUGUGUGGCCCAGGUUUUCUUAGUUAUCAUCUUUACAGGUUCAGAGCUCACCUUACUUACAGUUAUGGCUUAUGACCGAUAUGUAGCUAUCUGCCACCCCUUGCAGUAUAGCCUAAUCAUGAACAGGGAUGCAUGCAUCCGAAUGACAGCAGCUUCCUGGAUUAGCAACUUGGUCCAUGCAGCAUUACAAACUAGUAUGACUUUCAAGUUAAAUUUCUGUGAUUCCAAUGUUAUUCAGCAAUACUUCUGUGAUGUCCCCCAAUUACAAAAGAUUUCUUGCAGUGACACCAGAGUUAAUCAAGUUUUGAUUUUUGCCCUUGGUAUGAUUUUAGACUCGUUUAUUGCUGGAUUCAUCUUUGUUUCCUAUGGCUACAUCUUCUCUGCUGUGCUGAAGAUUCAGUCAGUUCAAGGCAGGCACAAAGCUUUCUCAACCUGCACUCCCCACUUGACAGUAUUUUCUUUAUUUAUGGUCACUGCUGUGUUUUCCUACAUGAGGCCUAAAUCACUUUCCUCUCCCACAGUGGACCUUGUUUCAGCUGUUUUGUAUACAGUCUUGCCUCCAGUUUUGAAUCCCAUCAUUUAUAGUCUAAGGAACAAAGACAUUCAAGCAGCUGUAUGGAAAAUUCCAAAGCAACUAAAAAAUCUCCUAACAUGA